GCCGGAUCUGGGAGUUGCGAGGAUGGAGAUCCGACCAGACAGAUUUAAGGCGUCUGCCGGCAAAACUCUGGGAAAGAUACACAGACUGCUGGAGAAACGGCAGCCCAAUGGCGAGACUAUCGAGCUGUCAGCCGAGGGACGUCCGGAGCUGGUGGAGGAGAAGGAUCUGCCUGUGGUUGACUGUACCUGCUUUGGCCUGCCCCGUCGCUACAUCAUGGCCAUCCUGUCUGGCCUGGGAUUUUGCAUCUCCUUUGGUAUACGCUGUAAUCUGGGCGUAGCCAUUGUUAGCAUGGUCAACGACCACACUGUCUUUAAAGGCAACAAGGAGGUGCUAGUGGCAGCUCAGUUCAGAUGGGACCCAGAGACGGUGGGGAUGAUACACGGAUCUUUCUUCUGGGGCUACAUCGUCACACAGAUUCCAGGUGGCUUCAUAUGUCAAAAGUUUGCUGCCAACAGAGUGUUUGGCUUUGCCAUAGUGGCCACAUCUACUUUGAACAUGCUGAUUCCAUCUGCCGCCCGCUGCCACUACAGCUGUGUCAUUCUAGUCAGGAUAUGCCAGGGCCUCGUUGAGGGGGUGUCAUACCCAGCAUGCCAUGGGAUCUGGGCCAAGUGGGCUCCGCCUCUGGAGAGAAGUCGUCUGGCCACAACAGCCUUCUGUGGGUCCUAUGCAGGGGCUGUGGUGGCCAUGCCCUUAGCUGGAAUACUGGUGCAAUACACAGGGUGGCCAUCUGUCUUCUACCUAUAUGGCUGCGUUGGGAUAUUUUGGUAUCUCUUCUGGCUGCUGGUGUCUUAUGACAGUCCAGCCGCCCAUCCCACCAUCACUCCUGAGGAGAGGAAGUACAUUGAAGACGCCAUCGGAGAGUCUGCUGGCCUGGUGAAUCCUCUCCAGAAAUUCAAAACCCCAUGGAAACAUUUCUUCACCUCCAUGCCGGUGUACGCCAUCAUUGUGGCCAACUUUUGCAGGAGCUGGACCUUCUACCUGCUCCUCAUCAGCCAGCCAGCUUACUUUGAAGAGGUGUUUGGCUUUGAGAUCAGCAAGGUGGGGAUGGUGUCAGCCCUGCCUCACCUGGUGAUGACCAUCAUCGUGCCCAUUGGGGGCCAGCUGGCAGAUUACCUGAGAACUCACAACCUGAUGACCACCACCAACGUCAGAAAGCUCAUGAACUGCGGAGGCUUUGGUAUGGAGGCCACUCUACUGCUGGUGGUAGGAUUCUCACACACCAAAGUUGUAGCCAUUUCAUUCUUGGUCCUCGCUGUGGGGUUUAGUGGAUUUGCCAUCUCAGGUUUCAAUGUCAAUCACCUAGACAUUGCUCCCCGCUAUGCCAGCAUCCUGAUGGGGAUCUCCAAUGGAGUAGGCACUCUGUCUGGGAUGGUCUGUCCUCUUAUUGUUGGAGCUAUGACCAAGCAUAAGACACGUGAUGAAUGGCAGUAUGUGUUCCUCAUCGCCAGCCUGGUUCACUAUGGAGGGGUCAUCUUCUAUGGGAUUUUUGCGUCUGGAGAGAAGCAGCCAUGGGCAGACGCAGAGGACACAAGUGAUGAGAAGUGUGGUAUCAUUAAUGAGGAUGAACUGGCCAAUGAAACUGAAGAAAUGUACCGAACAGGUGGAGGCGGUCACUACGGAGCUAUGAGCCAGCCGAACACAGGACCCAACGGAGGGCGAGGUGGAGAGGGUGGAGGUGCGGGGUGGGUGACGGACUGGGAGAAGACGGAAGAGUAUGUUCAGCCUCCAGGUUACAACAAGGGGGAGGGCCAGAAAAACCUGACUUAAAGCGAUAAACAGGAAGAAAGAAAAGUCACAUUUGAUUGGGAAGACAUUCAGAAUCGAGGGGAUGAAUUAAGUGAAUGUGUGUGUAUUUGAGUAAAUGGAAUGGUUAAAUCUAUUUAUUGUGUACUGUACCAGAAUCUGACCUCAAUCUACCAGGGGUUCCUUCUGUUUCUGAACCCUUUAUGAUUGGUCAGGAAUAUUUUAUGUAAAUGUCUGUUGGAGAUGUGUUGUUUGUGUAUAUGUACAGUACCUUUAAAUUAUCCAGACUCCUACUUGUUCAUCAUUUUGUUGUGUCAUAGACUUUAAAAGGACAACAAAAACAGUUUUCAGUUGAUUAACAAUGUUAAGUAUUCAGUCUUGCUCUGACAUUCCAAAUGAGCUGCAUCCUGUUUCCUUUGAUCAUCGAGGCAACCCUCUAAUCUCUAGAAGGAUCCAGUGGUUAGAGUUAGGCUGUAACCAGUGGUUAGGGUUAGGCUGUAACCAGUGGUUAGGGUUAGGCUGUAACCAGUGGUUAGGGUUAGGCUGUAACCAGUGAUUAAUCGAACACAGAUUCAGAGCUCAUCUACGAAGGUGGACAAGCCAGAUGUACAGUUUAAUAAAGUACAUCAAGUCAGUAUUUUGCCAAAUGGCACUGACAUGACUCUGAGGAGAUGAUCUUGUCUGAUUAGACAACAGUUGGACUUAUUGGCCUGAAUGCCAAGAACGUUGUCUGACAAAUAUCUGAUACUGUUAAUCACCGAUAACAAUUUCUACAUUAAUAAUGAUUUGCCUGGUUGAAAGGAAUUACCCAGAAUCUGGUAGAGGCAGUUAAUUCAGUAGGACUGAAGCUGUAAAUGCUGCCAAAGGCUCUUCUGCAAACUGAAUAAAGGGUCUUAAUUCAAAAUUUGUUUCGUAUUUCUUAUUUUAUAACUUAUUUAAAAACAAUAAUGUAUAUACACAAUAUUAUGUGGAACAAGUGAAGGGGUAUAAAUACUUUACGAAGGCACUGUACUGAAUACAUACUGUGUGUGUGUGCGUGUACAUCGUUGUUUGUAAGUGCUACAGUCUGAAAUGAAACUCUGGUUGUAAUCGGAGUUAAAUGGCAUUGCACUCAUACAUAUUUUUGGUGUGUAAGUCUCCAUAAGACGUUGGCUACAGUAUGUGAUUGUGCAAAGACAAUCACACUUUACUUUAAUAAAAAUUGGUUUCUAAAACCCUCAACUUUUAUUCAAUUUUAGUCAGUUAAAGCAUUGUAUUGGUUCUGAUGUUUCACACAACAAUCCUGCAAAUUUCGCCAAAGAUAAAGUGUGCAUAGUCAAUAAAAUCUUUUUUAUUUGCCCCUACAAACUGCAUUCUGUUAAGACAAUACUGCCAUGAAAGGAGAUCUUGUUAGCUUAAGGAAUAUGUCCUUUAUAUCUGUACCUGCCCUUCCAUUAGCUCAGGAAUCUUACCAAAAUUACUGAAACAACAUUGUCUUAUGCACUAUAAAUACUAAUUUUGCCCUGGCUAUGUGUGUAAUAGGUUGUAUGUGCACUUGUAUGUGUGUGUGUCAAUAUACUGCUUAUCUGGAUCUGUAUUAAAAUUGUUUAGAUGGAUUGGGUAGUGUUUGAUAGCUGUGCAGGUUUCAGCAUGCAGCAGCAAAGCAGUUGUGUGUUUAUGCUUUGCUCUAUCUCUGUCUAUUUCUAUUUGUCUCUCUCUUCCCCCUCUGCAGUCAAUGCAUUUAAUCCCUGAUUGUCAGUGAUGUAUGAGUUGGUUGGUCAGAGGUUAGAGAUUGUGAGCAUGUGUGUGAUUAUGUGUGUGGUUGUGUGUGUGAUUAUGCGUGUAAAUAUGUGUGUGUUUGAUAGUAUGUGUGCUAGUUGGGUGCAGGUGCAGAAAUGCUAAGCAAUGAGCACGGUGCAACGAUUAGUCUGGGAGCACAUGCAGUCUUCUCUACAUCCUCUCUCUCUCUCAAACACACACACACACUCAUAAGACACAUACCACUAUCACAAAAAGUAGGUUUCCAAUAUGGGCCCGUUGAUCAGGGGAAUAGCCAUCUAUAUGUGUCUAUGUGAAAAAUAAUUUUGACUGAUUGCUGUACAAUUUCAUGAAAAAAAAGUGAAUGUCCUGAUAUUGAAUGAAUAUGUACAAUAACCUUUAGUGCA